AUGCCUGCCGUUUGUUCAUCGGAUGGCCAUCUGAUGAACGUCUUGGAGCGUCUACAAGUGUGUGGAUGUACUACGAGUGAGUUCGAUGGCCUCACUUGUGGUACGGUCGUUAGCACGAUUGCACAAGAUCACAGUGUAGAAGGCCACUACAGUGUGAAACUAGCUUCCGGCACCUGUGUAGAGACACAGGCUGCUCCGGAGGUUCACCACUCGAAGAGAUCGAGUGGACUGGAACACGGAUGCACAUCAAGAAGUUUACAUCCAAGAAGAGAGACUAGUGCUGUUCAGGAUGGACAACACGUUGAAGCAAGAUCGACUAUCAGAGAGUCGAUAGUAGAGCAAGUCCGCUCGACUGAAAGAGAGUCGAUCGAAGAGGACGUGACUGUGAUAGUACCCGUAACGGAAGAAAAAUCUAGCGCUCCUGAGAGUGAUAACUCCCGAGAGAGUUAUGUUGAGGGUGUGGAUCCCCAACCACCUGCGGAUGUGUUUAUCCAGGAAGUCACCGAGUCAUUUAAUGUCUUGGUGAAUGACGGAUCAAGUGUAGGCGCUUAUACACUUGAUCUGGUUACACCUCCAAAGUCAGCUUCGGAGUAA